GAAUGGAGCACUAGCAUAUAUCCAAUGGUACCUGGGCAUGAGGUUGCUGGUGUGGUAACUGAUGUUGGUAGCAAGGUUGAGAAAUUUAAGGUUGGUGACAAAGUAGGAGUUGGAUGUUUGGUAGGAUCAUGUCGCAAAUGUGAAAACUGUGACAAUAAUCUCGAGAAUUACUGUCCCGGUCAGAUAAUGACAUACAACGGUAUUUACAUCGAUGGAACCACCACGUAUGGAGGAUACUCCAAUAUUAUGGUAACGGACGAGCACUACGUGGUUCACUGGCCUGAGAACUUGCCAAUGGAAGCGGCUCCAUUGUUAUGUGCUGGAAUUACAACAUAUAGUCCUUUGAAAUAUUUUGGACUCGAUAAACCUGGAAUGCACAUUGGUGUUGUUGGUCUUGGUGGUCUUGGUCAUAUGGCUGUGAAAUUUGCUAAGGCAUUCGGAACAAAAGUGACUGUUAUUAGUACAUCUGCUAGUAAGAAACAAGAAGCAAUUGGGCGUUUGGGUGCGGACUCAUUUUUGGUUAGUCGUGACCCUGACCAAAUGCAGGCUGCAGCAGGCUCGCUUGAUGGCAUCAUUGACACUGUCUCUGCAAUUCACCCUCUUCUUCCAUUG